UGUGACGUGACGCUCCAUAUAUCUGUUCUCGUCCGCGGCCUGUCCCCGUGAGUCUGUUUGCUGGUUUAACUUGCGUUUUCUUUUAUGCGGCAUCAGUCGUUAUUUUUCUCUGUGAGCGGUGCAUCCAAGCACACCGGCUCGAAUCGCAAAGGGCUCGAGGAACGUCAGACAGACUCGAUCUGAGCAACUAUCAGAAUGACGCAUAUGUACAUCAGAAUGGAACAGAUUGAUUUGUCUGUUAUCAUAUGCGUCAAGAGCUGGAACGGCACCAACCCCACUGGGUAGAACAUAUGAAUAUUCAUCAUGCUAUACAGGACGUCUGUACGAAGUAUACUGUUUCCAAACCCUCAUAAAAAGCAUUAUGUUUACGUCCAGUUCUGCGCCUGCUCUGAAAUCACCCUUCAGGGUAAUGGCGCUUUGUUUCUAACAUUAUGUUGGAAAUGACUUGCUACCCGAUCUUACAUAUAUCUACGCGAUAGCACCGUUACAUGUCUCUCGCGCUCGGCCUGUUCACAGCAUCUAAACAAUUUUCUAUUCGAAGGGUCGUUCUCUUGGGAAUUAGAAACUAUUUUCAUUCCAAGUUAUUCUCAGCUCAGCGCGAAAAAUCCUCUAAAUGCUUACAACCACCUUCUUCCCCAGUGUACGCUUUGAGGUUUCGAGGGCGUCCUGAAUAGCUCCAAGCCCUUUUCCGGCGACUAGUGGAUCUGGUGCUAUGCUGUACCUCCCCGCCUUAAGGGCAUCCGGCAAGAAAUCUUCAUAUACCAUCUUUCCUACAUUCUUGUCCAUAUCCUCACCCUCUAGCCCCCGGAUGCUUACUGCUAGGAUGGCCUUUCCUGUCACACCUGGAGGCACCCACGCAUCUUCGAGAUCAUCGAUCGUCGAGGUGACGGUUUUAACCCCAUCAACCUGAGAGACUGCCUCUGAAGUCUGCUUGAACGUCUUUUCUGUUCCAAUCGCAUCCAAGGCACCAGCAAGUUUCUUGCCUCGAAACGCCUCCUUUAACUUGUCGAUCACGGAUGCGUCAUUAUAGUCUACUACAUGAUCUGCACCCAGUCGUUUCGCGGCAGCGAAGUUUCUGGGCGAUGCCGUCACAAUGACAUCGCACCCAGCAGCGACUGCUAGCUGGAUAGCGUUGCUGCCGACACUACUCGUUCCACCCCAAAUUAGAACGGUUGUAGACGUCUUUGUCGGAUUCAAACUGGGCUUGGGGAGGGCUAAGCCGUCCUCGUGAAAUAAUGCGGCCGAUGCAGUCGACACUCCUAAAGGAAGCACAGCUGCACUUUCAAAUGGUAGGGAUGGCGGAAUAGGCGAUGCCAUGUUCGAAAAGAGAACGGUAUAAUUUUGGAAUCCCCCGUGCCUUUCGUCCUCCGUUAUAAAGCUCAGGGCGUGACCGAGGACGCGAUCGCCAAUGCUGAAUCGAGUGACAUCGCUACCCACUUCGACUACUUCCCCGGCGACAUCCACACCCAGAAUCAAUGGGUACUUGAACAUAGCCCAUGGAGUGUCCUGCAUUUUCCAGUCGAGCUGGUUCAUGGCAACUGCGGCAUUCUUGAUCACGAUCUCAUUUUCGUCCGCAUACCUAUCCUCGGCUUCACGCACAGAAAGGGGCUUCUUCUUGUGUCCAGCAAGGAAAGCUGCAUAGUUGGUAGACAUAUUUUUGCUAGGUAUGCGGGAGGUCAAAGCGAUACAUUGAAUACUUUGGCACGAGCAGUUGGACGUGAUGACACACUCUGAAACUUUUGUGUAUUUUGGCAAUCACAUCUCCGCUCAUGGAGCCCAAUUGGCAGUAUAAUAUACGUUUCCGUGAAUUUCAAUGUUUUGAUAACACACUGAGGGCUCUCUCCUCCCACCACUCUAACCCCAGCUAGCUGCAAGUGCUCCAACCUAGUCACUGGAUUUAAAAAUUUAUCAUUCUAGCAGGUAUACGAAAGCCCGCAGGGAAUAUCCUCCACUAAGAAUCAAAAAGGAGAUGGGGGAAGGAAAUACUUUAGGCCUGAACACCACAGCCUUUUCAAUUUUAAAGCAAAUUUUAGGCUAUGCUUAGUUUCGCCUUGGCCAGCUUUGCGAGAACCACUCGAUCACUCUACCUUAUUCAUCCCCGCGUAUCCACCGGAGUGAGUUACAUGCAAUAUUUUUCAUGGAUUUUGGGCCGCCUGGAAUACUUGCCCACAGAAUAGCGUGAAUGAAUCACGGCCUGCAGGUAUUUUCUGGUCGAGAUUCUUCACCAAGACUGAAAUUGCUCUUUAUUCAAUGCAUUGUUACUUGUCAAACGCUCAUUCGUCGGACAGGAUUUCUAAGUAAGAGGACGUCAUUCAGGAUACUACAGACCUCCAAAUAGCUUUUAGUGGUGAUGCACGAUUGUCGCAUGGCAAUGAAUCCUGGUUGCUAUGGUUCGCUACCUAACCGAAGAAGUUCAGAAAUCUGAUAAUUGUUGCCCCGAAUCUGCCGUGUCCAGAACGUUUGGUCUUGGAUCAAUAAUACAAAAUUGCAUAUUUAACGACGAGACAUAUUCUGUUCCUUUACCGAACCCCUUCAUAGUCACCAGGACGGUUGGAUAAAUCACCGGGACGACCUUCCCACUGCCCUUGCCUCUCUCAGAGGACAAAUAGAACGCUACGAAAAAUGUCGAUCUGGACGGCUGCUCAAAGCGGGAAACUGAAGGAAGGGAGGCUGCUGGAUAUACUGGGUGAGGACUCUUCUCUUCGGGAUCGUGAAGAUGGAUCAGGUAUGACUCCGCUGGGAUAUGCCUUGGAGAACAGGAAGGCAUCCGUGGUAAAGCUCCUCCUGGCCCACGGCGCCGACCCAGAUAAGCCGAUGGGGGAAACAAUGAACUUUCGGGACGGUAGGACACCAAUGUAUCUCGCUGCGAUAGCGAAGCCUGCCAGUCCUCGCAUGGUCCAGCUGCUUCUUGAGAAAAAGCCGACGACCUUCGACAAACCUAUUCCCUCACGUGGGAACCAAACCCCCUUGAUGGCUGCCAUUGCUAAGACAUCGAAUCCAGAAAUUGUUAAGUUACUCAUCAACGCGGGGGCGUCACUGGAUGCGCGGGACGAUAACGGUAAAACCGCACGCGAUCUAGCAGAUACGGUUUUGAACCCGGAAAUCAAGAAACAAAUCAAAGAUGCCUUUGAGCCACCGCUACGAAAAGGCGGAGGCAAAGGUGGUCUUCGGAGCUAUAUGACCAAGUGGGUGGUCGGCGUACUCGCCAAGUCCAAAGCCUGGAGGGCCUUCGGAUCCAUAUUCAAGUCUGCUUCCCGAUAUUUCCUCGGUAUCGCUUCCCCAGGCAGCUACUACCCUGAGGAGGAGCUUGACGAGGAACAACCUGAAACAGUGGAGGACUUCAAAAAUAGUCUGAACAAAGUAGUCAAUAACGACGGCCUUGGGAGAUUUUUCCCCCCUGGAAAUACAUACGUCAAUGAAGUAGCCGAAAAAGCCGCUGCUCUUAAGAACGAUCCGAACAAUUGGUUGAAGUCACCCAGUCAGCUACAGGGUCUUGCUACUGUGGCUCUUUACAAACCCAUUCUCUAUUGUGAUGACAGCUACUCCAUGAAUGAAGAAGAUCGCUGGUGCAAACAAGCGGAACUCGCCAAACGCAUCACCGAUAUUGCAACGCGGGCGGACCCAAACAAUAGAGGUAUUUAUUUUCGCUUGAUCAAUACAACCCUAUAUAACGCCGACAAUCUCGAUGGAAAUGCGGUAUUGCAGACACUCAACUUUAGACCAAAUGGGUAUACACCACUUGGGACCAGGCUCAGGGAGCGAAUUCUUAAUCCGCUUGUUUAUGCGCCCCUAAGUUCUGGUGGGCAGCUGGAACGCCCCUAUCUAGUCAUGAUCAUCACCGACGGAUUCCCAUCUGGUGAAAGUCAAGAUCAACUACGCAACGAGAUACUAGAGUGCAGCCAAUUCCUUGGGACAAAGGGUUACAGGAAAGAUGCGGUCCGAUUCUGCCUCAGCCAAAUCGGAACGGAUGACGAAGCAAAAGACUUUAUGAACAAACUGGAUAUGGAUGAUGAAGUUUUGCAGGUGCUUUACAGAACAUCCGAACUCCUCGAUGCGAGAUACGAUGAGCUCAGAAAGAACGAAGCUGAACUAGAAGAUUGGUUACUCUCCAUGUUGCUCUCUCCGGUGCAGACCUUGAAUGCCGAAUAAAGGAAUCUUAGUAGUGACUUUGCAGGCAACGUUACAUUAGAGCUAUUUCCUAAUAGUGGUAGUUGAUUUUCCGCGCUGGGAGCCACAGCCUGCAAAGUCCUAGAGACUGCGGAGCAUUAGCAUUAGCGUAGGCAGGGCAGAGUGCGAAAUUACAUUACAAUGAAAUAGAUUUAUGAGUACGAGCAUUACCUUAGUCUUCAUGCAAGCCUUGCG